GUCAUUGGACGCAUCCAGCCAGAGGUUCGUAGAGCAUCAUCCUCGGACAGCAUGAAGACGCUCCUGCUCACCUGCGUUCUGCUGCCGUGGCUGCUGGUGGCUUCGGCCAGGAGGUCCGAGGACCAACAGCUGAUACCCGGAGCUCUGACCGGCCGGCAGCUCGGUGGAUACUUCACGGACCAUUUGAAAUCCAGGAGAGCCAGGAGGGCGCUGCCUCCUGCUGAUGAACCCGAUGACAGCCCAAUCCCAGACGGAGGAGACGCCGCCGAUCUCCCCACAUGUCUGCUGUGCGUUUGUCUGACUGGGUCGGUGUAUUGUGAGGAGGUCAGUCCAGACAUGAAAACUGUUCCCACUCUGCCUAAAGAAACCGCCUACCUGUACGCCCGCUUCAACAAGAUCAAAAAGAUCAGCACCAAAGACUUCGCUAACACCUUGACUCUGAAGAGGAUUGACCUGACGGGGAACAUGAUCUCCGAGAUUGAAGAUGGAGCGUUCUCGAAGCUAAGCCUGCUGGAGGAACUAUCUUUGGCCGAGAACAGGCUGGUCAAACUUCCGAUGCUUCCCACCAAACUCACAUCCUUCAACGCCAACUACAACCUCCUCAAAACCAAGGGUGUCAAGGCCAACGCUUUCAAGAAACUAACCAAGCUGAUGAACUUGUUUCUGGCUGACAACCAGCUAGAAGCAGUUCCACACAUCCCAGAGAGUGUUCGCAUCUUACACCUACAGAACAACAACAUCACUGACGUGAACAUAGACACCUUCUGCAGGUCCAAUGACACCUACUAUCUACGACCAAGCCUCAGUGAGGUCCGUAUGGACGGCAACCCAGUGCUGCUGUCCAAGUACCCCGACAGCUUCACCUGUAUGAAAGUCCUGCCUGUCGGACGGUACCGCUGAGGAGGCAGAACUUUACUGUAGUCCAUUUGUUGCUGAUGGAGCAAAUUUCCCACAACGGAGAGAUGGGGGAUGCCGUGAAGGUCUGGAUUUUGGGGAGCUGGUCCCAUGGUGGGGAUAAAGACGUUUUUACUUCAGCAAACCAACCAACAGCUUGUUUCACUGUCAGGUCGAAAUGAAACCAUUCACUGGACUGAAGGUGUAGAACGAAGGUGUUUCUCAACUCAUGUAAGGGCUUUUUACUUUUACUGCCUACCAGAGAGGAGCACGCAUUUAAACUAGGGAUGUUCUGAGAUGACCUUAGAGAUCAAUAUCAGGGUCAAUCAGAGUAUUUUAAACUGAUUGCAUGAACCUAACCUGAUCCUACAUUUACAUCCACCAUUAUACAAGUGUUAAAGUAGAGCACAACAUGAGCUCUGUCAGCAGGUCAUUAACCUCCACAGAAGUUAUUGUCAUGGUGCCCGAUCAGAGCAUCCCCAGUUUAAAAGUUUAACAUGAGAGUUGUUGAGCGUCAAACUCACAUGAUUUCAUGUAAAACUACUUGAGAAGACAUGAGGAGUCUGUCCAACAGUGUCUAAAAUCAGAAUAUGAAGACAAACACUUUGCCGUACAUCCCCAUUCACAGUUAACAAAAACACAGCCUUUGGCUCCAUCAACACUAAAGGCAUCAGCUCUGGGACUGUAACCAACGAGCUGAAAGGACAAACAAACUGCCGGUACAACGAAUGCAACCCCUUGAAUGAGUGGAGCAGUGCAAUACCUCGGCUCUGACUGUCCAGUUUAUUGUUUCACUUUGACCUGACGCUCUGACACCUGAAUGAAUGAAACCAAAGAAAAUGCCUGUGACCUCGAACCAACACAAACACUAACCUGCAGCCAUCAGUCAGCUGAGGGCUGUACUACGCAGCCAGUUCAACACAGUAAAUGCAACGCAGCCACUUAUUUCUAAUGUAACAGCUGCACUUUAAGGAAGUCCAUUCAGGUGCAGCUCCGUUACUUUAACUUCUGGUCAAAUCAAAGUAAAAUAAAUGAUACGGCUUGAAUAGAAACAAUAGAAACAUUUAUGCAUUUUCUGCAUCACCAGCUGUUUAAUGGGAUUACUGAGGUACAACUCAGCAGAUCUGCAGAUAUAACAAGCCAGUAAUCUGUAUUAAUCAGAGAGAAAAUGGUCCAAACCAAGGUAUCCAUGCAGCUUAGCGCAGCCCUCAGGCUUAUUUGUUGCUGCAAUUAGUUUACAACAGAACAGCUCCAUGUUUUCUUACUCUUUGUCCAAUGACAGAAACAUCUUGAUAUACUACAGACUGCUUAGGAGCAAAGAAAAAUGUACUUAUAUCAAUGACAAAAUGUUUUAGAAUGGGGUUAAACAAAGCUUGUUUUUCUUUAAGUGUAAAAACACAUAACAGAUUUCGCCUCUCUCAGUCAACAGCCAUUUAAACUGCCAGUUCCCAGUUUAAUAUUUAAUGAUGUUGCAGAAUUACGCUUCAUUAUAAAUUUUGCAGACUUUAAACUGUAUUAAAUUGAUUGAGCUAACACGAAACUAAACAAGCAGACAAUCAAUGCAUCCUUUUCAUACUUCUUUGUAGGGUCGCAGGGGGUAAACAGACAAUGUCUGAAUCUAUUUUUUGAGUAAAUCUAAAUGUUUUUGCAGUUAAAGGGGACACGUUGUGCACGUUUCCUACCCAAUAUGUUUAUCUUGGGACUUUAUUUGCAUAUUUUUUGCAUGAUAGCGUGGAAAAAAAAAAAAAAAAAAAACACAUUUACUGUAUCCCUGCCCUCAGUUUCAGCUCAUCUUUUACAAACCCUCCUCCUGAUGACCGUUUUUGUCUUUCUUCACUCAAAACAUCAACUUCUGAGCAAUUUUAGCAGCAACCUUAGCAACAAAGGCUACAGUCUGUGGGUUUACGAGUCGCAGGAGACAUUUUUACAUACAAGUUCUAGAUAUUUGGUCUUGUAUAGAAGACGUCUAACAGUGUUUGAGUGUCGGAAAAUUACUAAAACGUCUGGCCCCUUUAAUAUUUUUACACGAUAUUAAGAGAGGAGGAUUUAGGCGAUUUCAAGCAAACAAAAAGAAUACUUGAUACCCGCAUGUUGAUCUGUAGUCUUAUUUUUUGAGACGUCACAAAGAUCCCGGCUGAGUGGAAAGCGCUGUUGUGUGGCUUUAUGUUACUUUUAAUUAUUCUCUUAAGAUGCCUCCAUAAGGGCAGUGACCAUGUAGAUAUGUCCAGCUGCAGGCUUUCUAACGUACGUUGUGAUUUAGCUCCACUUUGUUUUUUUAAUUUAUAGACUCCAGUUGAAGAGAACUGGGGCUCAACGUAUCUAUGAACUAUAGUAAUGUGAAAGUUACUCACCUCUCCUUUCGUCUGCUUUUUCCCGUGUCUCGCUUUUGUCUCUAACUCUUCCCUUCCAGUAAUAAAAAUAACUUUACAGGUUAAUACUGAUGUGAAUAAGACGGUGGUGUACAAGAAGACGUGUAUGUGACAUGGCUGUGUUCAAAGAUAUUUGAAUAAAGUUAAACUUUUUUUAUUUAGAA